AUGUCAGAACGCGACCUUCAAACAAUUAUUCAAAAACUCAAAUCUCCAUCUACAUCCUACCAAGAGAGCUCAUCACUCCUCUCCAAAGCCAAACUCACACUUCUCAAAUUAAAUGCCUUGACUCCACAAGCAUCAACAUCACCUUCCAUAUUAUCCCUCGCUCGCGAAGUCUUCGAAACCGGUGCUCUAGUUUCCAUUCGGGCAAAGGAUCCAGCUGGUUUCACACGUUACGUUCAUCAAUUAACUCCAUACUACGAGCUUCCCGACGACAAAUUUAGCGCCAAGAGCUCGGGAGAGAAGAAUAAGAUCACAGGAUUAUAUCUUUUGUUGUUGUUGACACAGGGAGAUUAUGCGGGCUUUCACACGGAAUUGGAGGGCUUGGAAUUGAGGGAGGAUGGUGGAAAGAGGGUUGAGGAAGAUAAAUAUUUGGGAUAUCCAAUUAAGUUGGAGAGAUGGUUGAUGGAGGGUAGUUAUGAUUUGGUUUGGAAGGCAAUGGAGGGUGGUAAGGUGCCGAGUGAGGAGUAUGGGGUCUUCAGUGAGAUCUUGAUUAACCAAAUUCGCUCUGAAAUUGCUUCGUCCUCCGAAACAGCAUAUCCAUCCCUACCUAUUUCAUCCACAAAGAACCUCCUCUUCUUACCAUCAGAAGGAGCAGUAGUACAAUUUGCGCAACACAGAGGAUGGUUGAUUGAAGAUGGACGGAUAUACUUCCCUAAUCAAAAGUUGAAGAAUGGUGUUAAUGUGGAAGCUGGAGAGGUUGCCGAGGAGAAGGAAGUUAGUAUGACAGCUAUUGAGAAUACCCUUGGUUAUGCUAGAGAGUUGGAGACCAUCGUGUAA